GGUCGUCCGCUGUAUUCACGUAUUCUCUUGCGGAAGACAAAUACAUUGCAUCGCCUCUACUUCAUUCCGUAGUCAGAUUCAUAACCAACAUUGACUCAUCUGGAUAUAGCGAGAGAGAGCUUCCUCAUUCAUUUGCCUCUAUUCCAUUUUUGGGCUUGAUGAAGCGACCACUUUAAGAUGCAAUAUUCCGCACUCCUAGCCUGGACCCUCCUCCUCUUAUUCCUCACCCGGAAACUCUUCAACUACUUCCUCGAUACCAAACAAUGGCACCAAUUCGGAGCCAUCUCCCCGAUCCCUAGCGCAAAAAUCUACACCCCCCGCGACUCAAUGUCCACCUGGCUUUUCUCUCCCCUCCUCUACCCCAUAUUCCGUGCUCUCCCUUUCAACCUAGGGCAGUGGUUUCGCUAUGUCGUGCGCGACAACUCAUGGAAAUGGAAAGAGGAAGCCUGGCCCAAGGAAAUGCUGGGUGAUGUGUGGUGGGCUGUAGGACCGGGAGGCGGUCAAUUGUGGAUUAGUGAUGCGGGGGUCAAUGUGCAAGUUGUGACGCGACGCAAUGAUUUUGUGAAGAAGGUCGCGGAUUAUGCGGCGUUGAAUAUUUAUGGGUUGAAUGUUGUUAGUAGUGAGGGUAUUAUUUGGCAGAGACAUAGAAAGAUCACAGGACCGCCUUUUAAUGAGAAGAAUAGCAGGUUUGUAGUUUCCUCUCGCACCCUCAGUUAACCUCUCUGUUUUCUCUAAUCUAAUGAGGUAUAUGAGAUGUAACUGACAUGCGCUAGUCUUGUAUUUGAGCAGACGCUCAGGCAGAGUAAAGGGAUGUUGGCAUCUUUCACUCAAGAUGCUGAUGGCAAGAAAUCCAAGCCUGGUCAAGAACCGGUCGUAGAGGAUUUGGUUCGUUGGACCAUGAUUGCGACUUUGAACGUCAUUUCUGGUUCUGCUUUGAAUAUCAAGGCGCUUUGGCCGACUCACUCUGUGGCCGAUAUAUCUGCUCAAGAAGAAGUUGAGUAUAGCAGAGAAACGAAAUCCGAGUCGCAUGGUCUUCCCUUUCAAAGGAGUUUUGAUUCUGUCAUGUAAGUGUAUCUAUCUUCUUCACAUCUGUACUCACCCAAAUUCUCCUAUGUUGGUCACGUUUUUGGAAUCGAAACUGUAAUACGCAAUGUUCGUUGAUUAUCUUUUGAAUUUUUCAACUUUGAGCAUGUCGGCUGAGCUUAUCAACUUCAAGCAUGUUAAGAACUAAUCCUUGGCCUCAGGAACAACGUCCGUACCCUAGUUGUCUUCCCGCCAAUAAUCCUCCGUAACAGCCCGCUAAAACUCAUGCGCUCAAUGCAACAAGCAUCUGAAGACUUCAAAACCUACAUGCACGAACUCAUCCACGAGCACAAAUCCAAGCUGGAAUCCGGCUUCGAUUCUAAUGUAUCAGGCACCGGAGAUUUACUAGGAAGUAUUGUCCGUGGUAGCACAGGAAGUAAAGGCGAAACGUUGAGUGAAGAAGAGAUGAUUGGGAAUAUCUUUGUUUUUGUGCUUGCUGGUCAUGAAACUUCCGGGACGACGUUGCAGAGUGCGAUAAUUUUGUUGGCUUGCUUUCCGGAGGUGCAGAGAAUGGUGCAGGAGGAGAUUGAUGGGAUUUGGAGGGAGAAGAAGGAAUGCGAGGAGUUGGUUUAUGGGGAUUAUGGGAAGAUGAGGGUUAUUAUGGCUGUUAUGGUAAGUAUCGCCACCCCAUUUCCAUUGCCAUCCAAAACAAAAAUCCCUGACAGGUGGAAUUAUACUAACACCAACUUCAGUUGGAAACGCUACGUCUCUACCCACCAGUAGUCAUGCUCCCCAAAUUCACAGUCGAGCACACAACUCUAACAUACAACGACAUCACCAUCGAAAUCCCAGCCGACAGCCGAGUAAGCCUCGACAUAGUAAGCACCCAACGAAAUCCCAAGUACUGGAAUCCCAACCCACACCAAUUCACACCCUCCCGCUGGCUCAUGCCACCAUCCUACGUCGCACUACCAGAAGCCAACAACGAGUCACCCGCCCAUGCAAACCUCUUGUGCCCACCUAAAGGCGCAUUCAUAGCUUUCGCUAGUGGAUUCCGAGGCUGUCUCGGCAGGAAAUUCGCACAGGUCGAGUUUUGUACUUUGAUUGCGGUGUUGUUGAAGGAGUGCACGGUUGAGUUGGUUCAAGAAGGGGGGGAGAAAUGGGAGGAGGCAAAAAAGAAGACGAUGAAGAUGAUGGAUAAUAGGACGACGGCGUUGGCUAUGAGGCUUAAUUGCAAGAUUAAGGUUAGGUUUGUGAAGAGGGGGUCGGAGUCUUUUCCGAAAUGAAGUUGAUGGGUUUGUGGAUACUGUAAGGUAAGAGGGCAGAUGAUAUAGUGGAUAUUCUGGCUGGCCUGGGAUUGAACUGAUGCAAUUGAGUACAUAAAUCAGCUUCAAGUUUCUCAUCGUGCUAACAGUAGAUAGCCUCGUUUUUCACCGCCUCGAAAGUCGUUGUCAUACAUGGUGUGUAAAUUGUAUAUAAGCAACUCCAAGUCUUUGAUUAUAGAG